UUUUUACAAUAAUCAUUUAUGAUUCUUAAUUAAAUUCCAAAGUUUUUGUUUUGAUUAUAAAAAGAAAACAAUGUGAUGGAGUGACGAUUGUGAGUUGAACAUUCAUGUACUUGGUUGAGGAUUAUGUUUAUACACACAACUUUACUGUGCUAAGAAAAAAACCCGACGUUAUGUAGCAAUCUGUGAGCAAGAUAAAAGAGAUGUCUUCAAAACUAGAACAACGUUUCAUUGAAUUCAUACGAGCAAGAGAACGUGUAAAAACGCUGCUACUAGCAAAAGCAGAUGAGCUUGAAAAUUAUCUGAAAAAGGCAAAGAUUGCAAAGUUAACAGGAGCUCCACUUAGCAUUAUUGGAACCGGUCUUGGUGCAGCUGGAUUUGUUUCCGGUUUCUUCACAUUAGGCGCGGGAUUUGGUCUCUGUAUAGCUGGGGCUGCAGUUGCAGGAACUGGUGGAGUCUUUGGAGCUGGUGGUACCAUAACAGAAGUUGUAGCUGCAAAGAAAAUUUUGUCAAGUGCACAAGAGUUGUUAAAUGAAGACAAGAUUGCAGCUGAACGUCUUGAAAAAGAAUUAAAUGAUUUGCUCAGCAUAGAAACAAUAGGAUCUGUGGUAGGAGAGGCAACAGGCGUAAUCGUUGGUGGUGUAAGUGUUAUUGCACUGUCGUUAAAAUACGCAAGUAUUGCCGCGAAUGUGGCGGAUGAUGUAGCAGUUACAGCCUUUCGUUCUCUGUCUUAUGCUGGUAGAGCAAUUCAAACGAUUGGUUUUGGUGUUUCUAUUGUUUUUCUGCCAAGUGAUAUUAUUACCUUUGUUACCAACACAAAAUCCCUUUAUAAUAACGAAAUACCUGACAAAGUAAAAUAUCUUCGUAAGGUUGCGGCACAGAUAACUGUUCCUGAUGAACAGGAAUUUAUAAAGAAGUUUAGAAAUUUGAGAAAGCACUAGGCUAGCUAACUAGCUCCUGCACGAAGAAUUUAGAUUGCUAGCAAUAAUAUGUUAAAACUUUCGCGGUCAGAAAGUUUCGAAGAAAUUGUUUUGACGUGUAGAAACUGCAAAACUUCUGCGAUUAAUUAUUGUCAUAAUACAGUGUACAAAAAAGUGUGGAUAGAAAGUGGUCAAUUUCGUUGGUUGUAUAAUUUUGCAAACAAUGUCAUUUAUCAGAAUCAACACAGGUGCUUUUGUCAAAUAAAUUGUUUUAAAACAAUUUUGUUGUCCUGACUUUUAAGUAUUAUUGAAUUGUUUUCUUAACUAUAAUCGGCAUGAAAAAGUGCUGUUUUGGUGGCAUUGUUGUUAUUAUAAUCGAAGCCUUCUCAAUGUUUUACUUGUACUACCUCGUUUACCGGCAAUACAAAUUUAUUAACUGUUGCAGCAGUGUUCUCCAAGUUUUGUUAUUGGUAACACUUUUUAGCAUCAUGUUUUGGAAAUUUUACAUGCAUAUACUCCUUUAGAAAUUUUAAUAUUCUAAGUUUAGGGAGAAAAAGAAAAAUACAAUUAUGGAAUCCAAAAAAAGCUAAACAAACAAAAUAAAUACAAAAUAAAUACUAUAUUGCAGAAUUGCAGAAACAUGGAUAACAAACGAAACUUUAAGCAAGUGACUAUUGGGGCAUCGAAAGAAAGUCUUUCCAUGCCCCAAUAGCCGUUGGGUUAAGAAUAUAUUAGGAUGAUUUGGCCAAAAAGUUAAGACUGUUUAUGUUGAAACGAAAAAACAUUAUUGUUAUAAAUAAAAAACGUUUGAUGACAACUUCAGAGAUUUUCAAAAGCUGGGCGCUUUAAAAAAAUCAAUGUUUUUUUUUUGCUAUCUUAAUAUAUUCGCUGUUGGUGUACGGUCAUUGUGGUAACAUGACAAUUUUUGUAUAUCACGUGAUUUGUUAUAUCUAACUAUAUAAUUACGUUUGCGGCAAUAUUGUUUUGAGUGUGCACUUUUUCACAAUUUUAAAGAUAAAAAUAGAUUUUACAAUAUUUGCUUUUAAACCUUUAACCUUCUUCUCACACAGACCUCAAGUUCUACUGUCACUAUUAUUGCAUCUUAGUGGGUUUACCAGCUUUUUAAUGAAACAUCAGUCAUAGAUCAUGCAGUUCUUUUAUACCUCCAUGAAUAGAUAGAAGCUGUCUAGUUGGUUAAAAUUGUGUUUGAGAGGAGUAAGUAGAGAGGAAUGAAACAUUAUUGUAAAGUAAAGUUGAAUAUUUCAAGCAAAUAAAAUUAAUUCAUUUAA